GCAGGAGUGCUGGGAAGAGCUGGGGCUCAAAGUCCCUGGAGGGUCCUUCAGGGAAAGGCAAACACUGGGUCCUGCUGCUCCCAUGGAGCCCUGGCCCCGCCCCCAGCUAUAAGGGCCCCGGGCCCAGGCAGGGUGUCCAGGCUGUGGAGGCGUCAUGGCCAAGUCACACCUGCUGCUGUGGCUGCUGCUGCUCCCCACACUCUGUGGCCCAGGCUCUGCUGUCUGGACAACCUCAUCGCUGGCCUGUGCCCAGGGCCCUGAGUUCUGGUGCCAAAGCCUGGAGCAAGCAUUGCAGUGCAAAGCCCUGGGGCACUGCCUACAGGAAGUCUGGGGACACGCAGGACCAGAUGAUCUGUGCCAGGAAUGUGAAGACAUUGUCCGCAUCCUCACCAAUAUGACCAAGGAGGCCAUUUUCCAGGACACGAUGCGGAAGUUCCUGGAGCGUGAGUGUGACGUCCUCCCCUUGAAGCUGCUCGUGCCCCAGUGCCACCACAUGCUGGAUGUCUACUUCCCAGUGGUCAUCGACUACUUCCAGAGCCAGAUUAACCCGAGGGCCAUCUGCAAGUACCUGGGCCUGUGCAAACUUGAGCGUCCAGAGCCAGGGCUGGAGCCAGAGGGAUUGAACCCUCUGCUGGACAAGCUGGUCCUCCCCGAGCUGCCUGGAGAGAUACCUGGGCCUCAGACACUGGAUCUCUCUGAGCAGCGGUUUCCCAUCCCCCUCCCCUUCUGCUGGCUCUGCAGGACUCUGAUCAAGCGGGUCCAAGCUAUGAUUCCCAAGGGUGUGCUGGCCGUGGCUGUGGCCCAGGUGUGUCACGUGGUACCCCUGGUGGUGGGUGGCAUCUGCCAGUGCCUGGCCGAGCGCUACACUGUCAUCCUUCUGGACGCACUGCUGGGCCGCUUUGUGCCCCAGCUGGUCUGCGGCCUCGUCCUCAGGUGCUCCAGCGAGGAUGGCACUGGCCCAGCCCUCACCGCUCUAGGGUCCCUGCCGGGAAAAUGGCUAUCACAAGACUCCAAGUGCCAGCUCUGCCUGUUUGUGACCACCCAGGCAAGAAACAGCAGCACGCAGGCCAUGCCACAGGCAAUGCGCCAGGCCUGCCUCGGCUCCUGGCUGGACAGGCAAAAGUGUGAGCAAUUUUUGGAGCAGCACAUGCCACAGCUGCAGACCCUGGCAUCCAGGGGCUGGGCUGCCCAUGCCACCUGCCAGGCCCUGGGGGUGUGUGCAACCACGUUCAGUCCUCUCCAGUGUGUCGGCAGCCCCCACUUCUGAUGAGAACUCAAAGCUGUACCAGGGCUCCCGGCACCAGGAAGACCUGAGCCUUUCAUCCCUGUUGAAACAGGAAGAGCAGUGGCUUGGCACGAGGGGCCUGGGCUCUGGUCCCAACUCUGCCAUCAAUUGACCACGGGUCCCCAGCCAAGAGAUGCCACCACCUCUCUGGCCCUCAUUCUCCUCAGCAGCAAAGAGGUUACCAAGUGAAGCGGUCUCCAGGACUCGAGCUCUCCCACAUGACAAAGCUCCUCCUCACGUUCCCUGCCCCCACUGAAAAGAAGCCUUCACUGCUAUGCUCACCGUCCCCACCUCCUUUCCUCAAAAGGACCUUAAGCUGGUGGGCCACGAACCCACAGCUUGUGCUCUCAGGCCAGUGUCUGUCUUGUCUGUGCUAUCUCUAACCACAGCCUGAAACCACAGUCACUUCCGUCCUCUCCGGGUGUAGGGCAGCGUCUUCUGGAGGAGGUCUGCCAGAGGUGGGGCUUCCAGCUUGGGCCAGCUUCACAGUGGACCGGAGCCAGCCCAGCUCCACAGCCCCUCAGGGUUGGGCCGAGGGGAAUUUGGCCACCCGAGCCCAGGAGGACAGCAGGGCAGACGGUGGCCCUGCCUCACUCCCAUCUCCAUGUGCACAAGAUACUAGCUUUUACAAUUGUUUUGCUAACACUUUCACAAAAUUUAAAAUUCAGAAGAAUAAAAAAAUGGGAACGUAAGUUACCAUGAAAGCUAAGCGUAUGAAAUCCUUAAACUUAUUUAAAAAAUCAGGAAAUCCCUGGCGUGGUCAAGAGAGGACAUGGCAGUGUUCAGGCAUGGUGGGAAGGUGGUCGGGCAAAUUUUCAUAUCUGAAAUCUGCUGCUGCUGAAGAGCUGUCACUUUUAAGAUGUAAAAAGGGGUUUUCCUUUUUUAUGUCUUUCUAAGGUGAACUUCCAACUUUUGUUAGAAAUUGCAGGGUGAUUCAAUUUCUGCUAUGAUUUAUCUCCUCAAAGCUCAGUUGGGGCUGUGCAUGCUCUGAAUCAGUUCCUAUGUAAUGCAAUGCCUAUAAUAAUGCUAAUAAAGUCCUAUUUCCUUGUACUAAAAAGAAAAAGACACUGUCCUUUAAGAUGCUGCAGCAGCUGCAGCCUCACUCUGAAGGGAGCCACUGGGAGCCCACCUCACUCUCCCCUUUGACGGAGAAGCAGACGCCCACAUCGCCUCUCCCUCUUACAAGUGCCUCCAGCGCGGCCCCCACCUGUUACCUUCCCCUCUCCCGAAGAGUCCACUCACUGUGACAAGGUGAGGUUGUCAGGGUACAAAAAAUCAAAACAUACCAAAAAACAGAUAAAGAAUCCUUUAGCAUUAAA